CGCUGCGGCGCGCCGGAAGUGACGAUUCUGCGCGUGCGCAGCAGGCGGCCGCGCGGCGGCGGAGCGGCAUGGCGGACGGGGUGCUGUUCCGAAGGGGCACCGGGCAGAGCGACGACUCGGACGUGUGGGACGACACGGCGCUGAUCAAGGCGUACGACAAGGCGGUGGCCUCCUUCAAGAAUGCUUUAAAGAACGGAGAGUGUUCGGAGCCUUCGGACAAACCGGAGCAGCGCCUGGGAAUGAAGAGAAAAAAUAACAAGAAGAACAGAAACAGAAGGAAGAGCAACACAGCGCCUUUGAAACAGUGGAAAGUUGGUGACAGCUGCAGUGCUGUUUGGUCUGAGGAUGGUAAUGUGUACCAAGCAACUAUUGCCUCCAUCAACCAGAAAAGAGGCACGUGUGUUGUUACUUACACAGGAUACGGAAAUCAGGAGGAGCAGAACCUGUCUGAUCUACUACCUCCAGCCAGUGAUGAAACAAAUGAAAAUGAGACUCCAUAUUCAACAGAUGAAAGUGAAAAAUCUUCCCAGUCACCUCGAAACAAAACCAAUUACACGAAAACAAGAUUCUCCCCUCAAAACGCCCAUUUUCCCACACCACCAGCAGCCCCAGGCCUGGGAAGGCCUGGAUCAAAAUUCAGGGCACCUCCAUCAUUUUUGUCCUGCUGGCCCCCACCCUUCCCAGCAGGACCGCCGUUGAUUCCCCCUCCACCACCCAUGAGGCCAGACUCUCCAGAGGACGAUGAAGCGCUGGGGAGUAUGUUGAUAGCCUGGUACAUGAGUGGUUAUCACACUGGGUAUUACCUGGGUUUAAAACAAAGUCGAAUGGAAGCAGCACUGGAGAGAGAAAUGCAUGCAAAAUAACUGAACAUCCGUCAUUGUUUUGAAGGAUUGUAAGUAUUGUAAGUUUGUGCUAAAUGAAGAUACAGUGUUGCUUGGCACAUUUUUUUGAAACCACUGUUCAUUUUUCAAGCUCUCAACAAGUUUGGAAUUGUAUGAAAAAACUGAGCUUCGGGACUUCCAUCCGCUCCACAAAGACCACUUCUGCCAGUAUUAGUCCCUCCUUUGCGUAGCAGCCGUGGAAUAGUAUUUUCUUGGCUGUAGUGAAAUAAACUGUUUUGUUGCUUUGAUGGAGGGGUUUAACUACAGCAUCUCUCUACAUGGGGAUUAACAGUGCAGCUUAUCUGAAUUAAGAGUUACUUUGUUAGUUUAUUGGGCUAUUUUGAAAAGAAAGCGUUGUUAAGUGAAAUGCAGUUUUUGCAUCUGUUUAUGCAUCUUCAGAAGCAAAUGCUGCUUUGUGCAGGUGGGGUAGCAGGAUGUAUAGCUAAACAUUUUUAGGACAAGAUCAACAUUUCAGUUUGAUCCUGCUGAGCAAUUCCGUUCUCAUUACUUCAGUGCUUGUGCUUUUAUUUUAAAUCCUUUGUUUAGAAUUCUUGAAUAUAUUGUUCAGUUCCUUAUGGAACAAAACUAUAUUCUCUUGGGGAUUUGUUAUUUUGAUUUUUUGUGACAUGUAAUUUUUGUGCAGUUGAAUAAUUCUUGUUCAUUUAAAAGCAAAACCUUCUUGUAUACUAAUUUUUGCUUCUUUUUUGAAGUCAGGUACAAAUCUUUUCCACUGAGAGGUGUGUAUCACUUAUGCACUGAUGGUUGACAGUGAAGAUUAGAAUUUUAUUGCAACAAUUAAGCUUUACAGUUUCUUAACAUUGAUCUGUCCCUAAUAACAAAUAAACAACUUGAGACUGGUAGUUAUACGUGCAUUAAAAUGAACUAUUUCUUAAAGACCUCUAGUCAAAUGUAUCUAGAAAGCCUACUGCAGCAAUAAAAUAUUUUUUAUUUCCCUGAAUUUGUACUAAAUCUUUUUACCACUUAUUACAUCUAAGUCUUUUAACCCCACAUGAUAAGAUUUCCUUUAUCUCUUACUUCAACACCUCUAGUAUUCCUCAGACUUUUUAUUUGAAUGACAACACCAGAACUAGCAAUUAUGGUAUUUUUUUUCUAGGAGACAGCUGUGGCAGUAACGUAUGUUAGAGUGGCCACUGGUGACAAUGGCCUGGAAAACAAUAUACCAUUGUGUUAAGAGAUAUCUUAGGGGUCUGAUUAAAAUCUUGAGUAUGACUGCUGGAUUCAGAAAGCCUCAUUUUUUAUUUCAAAUGCUUGUUAAUAAAGCUCUACUUUUCAAACUUUGAA